AUGAGCGACCAAGCCCCCCUCGACUACAAAGUCCCGGCCUUCCCAUCCCUCUACGUCCCCAUAAUCGGCGAACCGCAAUCCCAAAACUACCUGUACCACCUGACCGACAUAUGGCGCUUCACGCUCUUCUGGACCAUGAUCUUGUACCUGGGUACCCAUGCCGCCGUAGCGACGUUCGCGGUCGCUGUGCAAUGGCGGAAUUACAAAAGGAUGUGGGUUGUCCCCGUGGUGUAUAUUCUUGUUUCGGGGUUUGAGGCGUUGUUGGCAGGGAGUUUGGUUGGUUUGAUUGUUGGCUGGGUUUACGAAGCGGGCAAUUUCUCCAUGACGACGUGGAUCCCCUUGGUUUGGGCAUGUAUUAAUGUCCUGGUUCUCAUUAUUUCGAGUUUUCCUAUGCAAGCGGCUAUGUGA